GUAUCCCAAUCUUCUAUUGUUUUUCUUCGGAAAUUCCCAAAAUCUAAAAUUCAUCGACAAUGGGGUUCGAAAUUGUGCUCCUUGAACAUCGAGUUGAAGACUUUCAGUCUUUGGGUUGCAUGUGUAUGCAUAAAUAAAGCUCAAAUAGCAUAGGCAUGGUGGCAUGUUGCUUCCUUUUACCAAAUACAUUCUAUCACGUAACCACUUCGUCAGAAAGGCUUCUCCUUUACAUAGGAUAUUUUGUGGGUAUGUCAAUCCAUUCGUGCAAAAUUUUUCCACUUCUGGCCACUGUGAAAGAUUACCAUGGGAACGUUCCACCCAAGAAAUUCUAUUGGGGAAGCUUAAAUCUGCUUUGAGGAAUCGUCAAGUGCAUGAAGCAUGGGAAUUCUUUCAGGAUUUCAGAAGCCUUUAUGGCUACCCUGAUGUUCACCUUGUGAACCAGCUCAUUGUUCAAUUGUCCUAUUCUUCCAACCAUGUUUGGAUGCGAAAAACAUGUGAUUUGGCAUUGCAGAUUGUUAAAGAGAAGUCAGGUUUACUUCAUGUUGAUACCUUAUCCAAACUUGCACUUUCUCUAGCUAGGUUGCAAAUGCCAUCCCCUGCCUCAGUGUUACUCAGAUUGAUGCUUAAUAAAGGGUGUGUACCCCCUAUGCAUUUAUUGUCCUUGGUUGUUUUUCAUAUUGUGAAGACUGAAAUUGGAACACAUCUUGCAUCCAAUUAUCUGUCUCAAGUUUGUGAUUUUUAUAAUUGCUUGAAUGAUAAAAAAGCUCACCAUGCUGUUGCUGUCAAGCCUGACACCUUGAUCUUUAACCUUGUUCUUGAUGCUUGUGUGAGGUUCAAUUUGUCUUUGAAAGGCCUAUGCCUCAUUGAAUUAAUGCUGCUGAAUGGUGUGGUGGCUGAUGCACACUCAAUUGUAUUAAUUUCGCAGAUUCUAGAGAUAAAUGGUUUGAGAGAUGAAAUGAAUGAAUUGAAAGAUCAUAUUGAUGUAGUUCCCGCUGCUUAUGUUCGUGACUAUCGUCAGUUCUAUGAUAGUUUGUUGAGCUUGCACUUCAAAUUUGAUGACAUUGAUGCUGCUGCUAAGCUUGUUCUGGAUAUGAAUAGCUUACAUCAUUGUCAUAUUGAUAAAGAAUAUAGGAAACACUUGCAAAAGCCUUGCUUUAUUGCCAUUGGAUCUCCUAACCUUAAGACUGCAUUGAAGAUACAUAUUGAGCCUGAGCUACUGCAGAGGGAUUCUGUCCUUAAAAUGGAAAGUAGACAAGGUCUUAUUCUUUAUAGGGGUGGGAAACUUGUUCUUAGUAACAGAGGUCUGGCAAAGUUCAUCAGUGGUUACAAGAAAGAUGGGAGGAUUAGUGAACUUUCAAAACUUUUAAUUAGCAUUCAAGAGGAACAAUAUUCAGUGGUAGGAUCCAGUUUGUGUUCUGAUGUGAUCGGUGCGUGUAUUCAGUUGGGAUGGCUUGAGUCUGCCCAUGACAUUUUGGAUGAUGUAGAGGCUACUGGGUCUCCAAUGGGUUGGGAUACAUAUAUGUUACUCUUGUCAGCAUAUCAGAAGGGAGGAAUGAAAAGAGAAGCAAAGGCACUGCUAAAACAAAUGAAAAAGGUUGGUUUGGACAAAGAUUUGUCUGAUGAUGCUAUUGACAAACAAAUCCUCUACGUGGAAACAUCAAAUUCACUUGGUAAAUCAGAUUUGGCUGUUACCUUGGCCCAAAUAUUGAAAGAUGAAGAUGAGAUAGUUUUUCCAUUGGUGUAUAAUUUCAAUACUUCCAUCUUCUUUUUCUGCAAGGCGAGAAUGAUGGAGGAUGCACUGAAGGCAUAUAGAAGAAUGAGAGAGAUGAAAAUUCAACCCACAAGUCAAACUUUUGCUUAUUUGAUGUGUGGAUAUUCAUCUCUUGGUAUGUAUCGUGAGAUCACAUUCCUGUGGGGAGACAUUAAGAGAUUCAUAAAGAGUGGCAAUUUGGUGGGAGAUAGAGAUCUAUAUGAGUUGCUUUUGCUAAACUUUCUUCGAGGUGGUUACUUUGAGAGAGUGAUGGAGGUCAUUGGCCAUAUGAGAGACCAUAACAUGUAUUCUGACAAGUGGAUGUACAAAAGUGAGUUCCUUAGACUUCAUAAGAAUCUCUAUAGGAGUUUAAAAGCUUCAAAUACAAGAACAGAAGCACAAAGCAGAAGGCUUGAGCAUGUUCAGGAAUUUAGGAAAUGGGUGGGCAUUGAUUGAAGAUCUCUGAUAGAAAUGGAGAAGGAGAAGGUGAUGAUGAGUGAGGAAGCAAUAGAGAGAAUAUCAGAGAGGCUUUCAUGUUUAGAGAAGGAGAACCUUUACUUCCCACGCGCUCUCGAAUCCACUUCCGUCCUUCCU